AAAAAGAAAAAAAAAAGAAGAACCUCAAGAAUGAUUACACCGUCCCGGCAUCCUGAACGUAAAAUGCGGGAAGGAUAGAGUCGGCAGGGCCAGGGCAGUUGCACCUCGGCGCUCUGGAUUGCGCAUGACGAAAUGAGCCGAGGUUCGUUUUAGAGACCAAUUUCUGGACAAACACCGACCUUCGAAUUCCCGUUCCUCCCCACCGACACGCUAGUGAAUGAAUCCAGCCGGCAUACUUUUGUUGUUUUGACCAACCCCCAUUCCACUGCGAGUGAAUUGAGACUAAGUUAACUUGAUGAGUACCAUUCCAUUGCCAUUCGCGAUAAUCAUCAUAGUGUUGAUUGGGUCUUCAUAAAACUUGACAAGGAAGUUUGAUCGACCUCGGAUGUCGCGCCUUCGGAAAAUUCACGGGGCCCUUCGGACGGGUCACAAGCAAGGUGUCUGACAGUUGAUUGCCCUGUUUAGUCGGAUAGACGCUAGUUCCAUUGUUAUGCCUAUCGCGGGGAAGAUCUCGGAUUGUCACGGUGUUUGAAGAUCCCAGGCGCUCAUAAAUCAAACUUACUACUGCCCCGCGUGCCAGUAUGUCUAGACCGAACGCCUCAACCCAGAAGGCCCUUAUUACUCAGGCACUGAAAGCCGAGCGUGAUGUAUCGUCCGCUACUUCUCAAAGGCAAGCUUUAGAAGCUGCCAUUGAUGCUGCUGAGCACUAUAUGAAAGCAUUGAAACUGGCAUCCGUCCAGAAAGAUAAACAUGCAUUGGAUGCAAAGUGUAAAGAAUGGCUCACAAGAGCGGAAAAGAUCAAAGAAUCCCAGGACUGGCAAGCUGCCGCCCGCGUCCAUGACAAAUCUGUUCCAGAGCCACGGUUGCCCGUAUCUACUCGUAAGCUCACCACUCGGGAGGAGAUCAUUCUUCUAGAGGGGGCCAAGUUGAAUGGCUUCAUAUUCCCUCCAUGGUCCACCUCCCCAGGCUCUGAUGAAUUCAAACGAGAGGAUGGUGAAUCCCCGUUUACCGAUAAACCCGACCUUCAUCUAUCCUAUCCUCAGAGGAAAGUUUUUGAUGGUUGGAAACGACCUUCCGAGCUUCUCGGGAAAGACACGGAAGAUGUGUACACCAGCGUGGUUCCUGUGAUGUCUGUUCCAGGGAAAACAGACCUAGUCCAGGAUAUGCUGACGGACUGUUCUGUCGUCGCCAGCCUUUGUGCUACUACAUCAAUGUUAGAACGUGGCCAAUGCACUCAUUUUCUUCCAAUGAUAUACCCUAGCCGAGGGAGCUUUCAGCCUUCACCAUCAGGCAAGUAUAUAUUCCGCUUUUAUUUCAAUGGGUGCUUUCGGAAAGUCGUCAUUGACGACCGUUUGCCAUCGUCUAAAACGUCAAGAUCACUCCACGUGAUCGACCGGAAAAAUCCCAAUUUCCUAUGGCCUGCGCUAGUAGAGAAGGCGUAUCUGAAAUUGCGUGGAGGCUAUGAUUUUCCUGGAAGCAAUUCCGGGACAGAUCUCUGGGUACUGACAGGUUGGAUCCCCGAGCAAGUCUUUCUCCAUAAUGACGAUGUGACCGGCGACCAGCUUUGGAAGCGGCUUUACAGAUCUUUUCACCACGGAGAUGUUCUCUUGACUAUAGGUACCGGUGAACUCACCGAGAGGGAACAGAGAGAACUAGGACUCGUGAGUGAGCAUGAUUAUGCCAUACUGGAUAUGAAGGAAUCUAAAGGCCGCCGUCAAUUACUCGUGAAAAAUCCUUGGGCUGGAGCAGAUACUGCCCCCGGAGACAAUAGGAGCCUCGCUGCAUCCCAGGAUCUACCCCAUAACCCGCCCUCAUUUGAACCGGGUACCUUCUGGAUGGAUUGCGAAAAGCUCCUUCAACAUUUUGAAAACCUCUAUCUGAAUUGGAACCCUGAGAUUUUCAAAUACCGCGAAGACGUCCACUUUACAUGGGACCUUAACAACGGGAGAGGCGUAGCUGGCUGUUUUGUGAAUAAUCCGCAGUUCGCAGUGUCAACUGAGAAUGCUGGGAUCGUCUGGCUACUGCUAGGCAAGCAUUUCAGAACAACUGGGCAGCCAGAACGACCUCUUGACGAAUACCAAACCAAUGAGGAGUCGGCUUUUAUUAGCAUAUACGUCUUCAACGCAGAUGGCAAACGGGUCUCUUUGAGUGACGGGGCUCUACAUCGUGGCCCCUAUGUGGAUUCCCCGAAUACGCUCAUGAGGUUAGAGAUGCCUCCCCGAACAACUUAUACAGUCGUGGUCUCCGAGCAAUCGCUGCCAUCGUUGAAUCAAAACUUUACUUUAUCUGCCUUCUCUACCUCCCCUGUACGGAUGGCAAAAGCUCAAGACAAAUACAUGUGCGUGAGGAAGGUUCAAGGGUCUUGGACACCUUCGACUGCCGGUGGAAAUGCCGAAUCUUCCAGAUAUGCACUCAAUCCCCAAUUCAGGCUGGAAAUAGAGAACGAUACAGACGUCUCACUCCUCCUGGAAUGCCCAGAUACGGAACUCGCGACCCAUGUUAAAUUAUUCUGGUCCAAUGGAAAUCGUGUGUCGCGAGUACGCAGUCGCGACAUAAUCGCUGAUAGUGGUGACUAUCGCCGUGGUGGUUCCCUUGUGGAAAAGAAGGCUCUGGAACCGGGCUCAUAUACGAUCGUCUGCUCCACAUUCGCGCCAGAUCAACUUGGCCGAUUCACGCUCUGGGUAUCCUCCUUAGUUCCUUGCAAGACGAGCCCGCUCCCACCAGAGGCAGCAGGGCGACGGACGGUCAUUUCGGAUAUUGGCAUACUGCCUCCGGGGAGAGACCGAAUGCUGGCUUCUCUGCAAGUGCCGCGGCUUACGAGGAUCAAGCUCAUUACCCGAAGUAGGCAAUCCAUCAUCGGGGGCCAUCCUGUUGGACCCUCACCCGUGCUAAUGACAGUGGAACUCGGGCAAGGGCCAUACAAACAGAUCCUGGCGACUUCGGAAGAUGGAACUCACAGUGAUGCCAUAUCAGGCGUCCGUGUUGAGGACUUUGACUUGCAGCCAGGGCUAGAGGAAAGUGGUGGUAUAUGGCUUGUUAUUGAGAGGAUUGGAGGUCCUGGAGGGCAGGUGGAGGACCAUUUUGAGGUGGAAGCUUUGGCUGAAGAGAGAGUUGAAAUUGGGGAGUGGAUACUUGAAGAUGCUUGAUCUCUUAUCCUGCAGAAGCUCUGAACGCUCUUAGUUGGGCUUCUUGGGUCGUCGUAUUUAAUAGCAUGUUAGAGUAGAAGACCAGAUACAACGAUAGACAUU